CAUUAAGUGACUAGGUGAAGAUGUGAUAUACAAGAAAACCUGGACAGCCAGUGUUGCUCAAAGGAAAGUCAGAUUUUCAUUGAGCUUUUAAGUAAUGUGGAGCAAAAAAUUAAAACUACGCCAAGAUGUACUGAAGGAGAGAGGACACUGGGGCAGCAAGGUGGAGUUUCUUCUGGCUGUUGCCGGGAACAUUGUGGGCCUGGGCAACGUGUGGAGGUUUCCGUACUUGUGCUACAGAAAUGGUGGCGGAGCAUUCCUGUUGCCGUAUCUGGUGUUUGUGGUGACGUGCGGUGUUCCACUCUUCCUUUUGGAGACCACCAUGGGCCAGUACACCCAAGAGGGAGGCGUCACUUGCUGGAGGAAACUGUGCCCACUUGCUGAAGGUAUCGGCUAUGGGGGUCAGCUGAUCCUGCUGUAUAGCUGCACGGCCUACAUUAUUAUUCUGGCCUGGGCUCUGUUCUACCUGCUGUUCUCCUUCCACUCGCAGCUACCCUGGAGCACCUGUGACAACUACUGGAACACAGUGGAUUGUUUCGAUGUUACAAAGAGGAAUCACACCAACCACACCAAAGGAACCUCAUCAGCAACGGAAUUCUGGGAACGUCGGGUGUUGAAUAUCUCAGGGGGCAUUGAGGAGAUUGGCAGCAUCAGGUGGGAGGUGCUUCUGUGCCUCCUGGCUAUGUGGGUCAUUUGUUACUUCUGUGUCUGGAAAGGCAUAAAAUCAACUGGAAAGGUGGUGUACUUCACUGCCACUUUCCCUUACGUGAUGCUCCUCAUCCUUUUGAUCCGGGGACUCACUCUUCCGGGAGCCAGACAAGGAGUUGAGUUCUACCUUCUGCCUGAGGUGUCACGACUCGCAGACCCUCAAGUGUGGAUGGAGGCCGGCUCGCAGAUCUUCUUUUCGUAUAGCAUCGGUGUGAGCACACUGGUUGUACUGGGUAGCUACAAUACCCAAAGCAACAAUUGCUACAAGGACUGCUUUUGGUUGUGCUUGUUGAACAGUUGCACCAGUGUGGUUGCUGGCUUUGCUGUCUUCUCAGUCCUGGGAUUCAUGGCUCACCAGCAAGGUGUUGCUAUUGCUGAGGUGGCCGAGUCAGGUCCAGGCUUGGCGUUCAUCGCAUACCCUAUGGCGGUGGCCAUGAUGCCGCUGCCUCAUGUGUGGUCCAUUUGCUUCUUUGUCAUGCUCAUCCUCCUUGGCCUGGACACACAGUUUGUUUCAAUGGAGGUGGUGUUGACAUCCAUCACUGACCUAUUUCCCAGAGUAUUGCGUCGGCCAGGAAGAUGGGAGCGUUUCCUGCUGCUCUUCUGCCUCACGUGUUUCUUCUCACAACUCUUCAUGAUCACUGAGGGAGGGAUGUACGUCUUCCAGAUUAUUGACUACUAUGCAUGCAAUGGAGCCUGCAUUCUCUUUCUCUGCGUGUUUGAGAGUUUGGCAAUGGGCUGGAUAUUUGGAGCAGAGCGGGUGUACGGCAUCAUAGCGAAGAUGACGGGGGAGCGUGCCAACCCGUACUUCAAAAUGUGCUGGCUCUGCCUGACCCCCUUGGUAUCGCUGGGCUCUUUUACAUAUUCUCUAGUUGAGUACCAGCCACUGACAUACAACCGCUGGUACGUGUACCCCACCUGGGCUUACGUGUUGGGCUGGAUGAUGGCCCUUUCCUCCAUCCUGAUGGUGCCAGGCUGGGCGUUGUACAAGUUGAGCACUGCCAAAGGAACCCUCAGUCAGCGUCUCCAUGGCCUGUGCUGGCCCGACCCACCUGACUGCUCACGCGCCCUGGAGGGGGAGAGAGCACUGCAACACAUCACUGAGAUGGGUCUCGAAUGAUUCUGACACUGACACCUAAAAUGGUAGCCUGAACUCCCACGAUACGUUUAAUUAAGUCAACUGUUUUCCGUAGUACACUGGCUAUGUUUUUAAUUUGCUUUGGGAUCAUUUUCACACAAUACACUGACAACUGCUGUCUUACCUUUCCUUUAUUAAAAAAAGUUGUCAUACAAACCAUGCAGUGUUGGCAGUGCACAAAUUGAAAGCGUGUGUGCGUGUACAGGG